AUGGUGCAGGUGUUGCAAGUUGGAGUAAGGAGGCCUUAUUUUCAGGACCCUAUCAUCUUAGAGCUGGAGAAGGCUGCCCGGAGAAAGGUGUUGAUCUCUGCCAAAGCUGCCUUAAACAGCAACUCUCCUCGCCGAGACCUGCAGGAGGCGGCUCCUCCGCGUUGGCAGCUCGGCAGGGCGGGGCUGGAGGAGCCCGAGAAGAGGCGGGGGCUCCGAGGGAAGCGCGGCGCGCACUCACGUGACUUCCUUCCCAAGGAGCCUCAGCUGUCGGCCUCCCAGCAACCGGUGCGUCCGCCUAACGACGCCUGCGCAUCCCGGUUGGCCCUCGGGAACGCGUGUAGCCAGAAAGCACCCACGGUCGCUCUGCUCAUUGGCUGGGGCUACCGUCGCUCUGGUGCGUUGCCUGAGCGCCCGCGGGCGGCACUGCCGGAAGCCCCUCCCAUUGGCCGUAUAAAUUUGAGAGCUGCUUUAGAAGAAGUAGAAGGAGAUGUGGCAGAAUUGGAACUAAAACUUGAUAAGCUUGUGAAGCUUUGUAUUGUGAUGAUUGACACUGGAAAAGCCUUUUGUGUUGCAAAUAAACAGUUUAUGAAUGGGAUUCGAGACCUGGCACAAUAUUCUAGUAAUGAUGCUGUAGUUGAGACAAGUUUGACCAAGUUUUCUGACAGCCUUCAAGAAAUGAUAAAUUUUCAUACAAUCCUAUUUGACCAAACUCAGAGAUCAAUUAAGGCACAGCUUCAGAACUUUGUUAAAGAAGAUCUUAGAAAAUUCAAAGAUGCCAAGAAGCAAUUUGAAAAAGUCAGUGAAGAGAAAGAAAAUGCACUAGUGAAAAAUGCUCAAGUACAGAGAAACAAACAGCACGAAGUUGAAGAAGCCACAAACAUUCUGACAGCAACAAGAAAAUGUUUUCGACAUAUAGCCCUCGACUACGUUCUUCAGAUUAAUGUCCUUCAAUCAAAAAGGAGAUCAGAAAUCCUAAAAUCAAUGUUAUCCUUUAUGUAUGCCCACUUGGCCUUCUUUCAUCAAGGAUAUGAUCUAUUUAGUGAACUUGGGCCCUACAUGAAGGACCUUGGUGCACAGUUGGAUCGACUGGUUGUGGAUGCAGCAAAAGAGAAAAGAGAGAUGGAGCAAAAACAUUCCACCAUUCAACAAAAGGAUUUCUCCAGUGAUGAUUCUAAGUUAGAAUAUAAUGUAGAUGCUGCAAAUGGCAUUGUUAUGGAAGGAUAUCUGUUCAAACGAGCCAGCAAUGCCUUCAAAACUUGGAACAGGAAAAAGCCCGAUCAUAUCAGACGCUGGUUUUCAAUACAGAACAAUCAGUUGGUUUACCAGAAAAAGUUUAAGGAUAACCCCACUGUGGUAGUGGAAGAUCUAAGGCUUUGCACAGUGAAACAUUGUGAAGACAUAGAACGGCGAUUCUGCUUUGAGGUGGUCUCUCCAACCAAAAGUUGUAUGCUUCAAGCAGAUUCUGAAAAGCUGCGCCAGGCAUGGAUUAAGGCUGUUCAGACCAGUAUUGCUACUGCUUAUAGAGAGAAGGGUGAUGAAUCAGAGAAGCUGGAUAAGAAAUCAUCUCCAUCCACAGGAAGCCUGGAUUCUGGAAAUGAGUCAAAAGAUAAAUUAUUGAAAGGGGAAAGUGCACUGCAGCGAGUCCAGUGUAUCCCUGGCAAUGCCAGCUGCUGUGACUGUGGCCUGGCAGACCCACGGUGGGCCAGCAUCAACCUGGGCAUCACCCUGUGUAUCGAGUGUUCUGGAAUUCACCGGAGUCUUGGAGUUCAUUUUUCAAAAGUACGUUCUUUAACUUUAGACACGUGGGAGCCUGAACUUUUAAAGCUUAUGUGUGAGUUGGGGAAUGAUGUUAUAAAUCGAGUUUAUGAGGCUAAAGUAGAAAAAAUGGGAAUAAAGAAACCACAACCAGGACAAAGACAGGAGAAAGAGGCAUAUAUCAAAGCAAAAUAUGUGGAGAGGAAAUUUGUGGAUAAAUGUUCUAUAUCAUCAUCACCUCCUGAUCAGGAAAAAAAGAUGAUCUCCAAAAGUUGUGAAGAAAAGAGGCUAAGCAUUCCUAAAUUUGGGCCAGGUGACCAAGUUAGAGCAUCUCCCCAAAGUUCAGUCAAAAGUAAUGACAGUGGAAUCCAGCAGAGCUCUGAUGAUGGAAGAGAAUCUUUACCCUCUACAGUGUCAGCCAAUAGUUUAUAUGAGCCUGAGGGAGAAAGGCAAGAUUCUUCUGUGUUUCUUGACUCUCAACAUCUUAAUCCAGGACUCCAGCUUUAUAGGGCUUCAUAUGAAAAAAAUCUUCCUAAAAUGGCUGAGGCUUUGGCUCAUGGUGCAGAUGUGAACUGGGCUAAUUCAGAGGAAAACAAAGCAACACCACUUAUUCAGGCCGUAUUAGGGGGCUCUUUGGUGACGUGCGAGUUUCUCCUACAGAAUGGUGCUAAUGUAAACCAAAGAGAUGUACAAGGGCGGGGACCACUGCACCAUGCCACCGUCUUAGGGCACACCGGGCAGGUAUGUUUAUUCCUAAAACGAGGUGCCAAUCAACAUGCCACUGAUGAAGAAGGGAAAGACCCGUUAACUAUAGCUGUGGAAGCAGCCAAUGCUGAUAUAGUGACCUUGUUACGUUUAGCAAGAAUGAAUGAAGAGAUGCGGGAGUCAGAAGGACUUUAUGGACAGCCAGGUGAUGAAACUUAUCAGGACAUUUUUCGUGAUUUUUCUCAGAUGGCAUCCAAUAAUCCAGAAAAACUAAAUCGUUUCCAGCAAGAUUCACAGAAAUUCUGAUUUUUUUUUUUUUUUAAGAAGGGGAGAAUACUAAAUCUGGUGACUUCCUAAUGUAUAGAUUUGAAAACUCACACAUUUUUACUACUUUAAUUCUACUUAAUUUUAGUAGAUAUUGAGUAGUUUGGAAAAAAGGUACCCAUUCAUUGGUAAAACAUAGGGCUUUAGUAGUUGGAAGAGGAGCCUAUUUUAGGACCCACAAAAAGGAAGAGAGGCUGUUUAAAGGGCUAUUUUUAUAGAUAAAAAUUGAAUCUAGACUUAGGCCAUCUUUAGGUUACUAUGUCCUAAGAGUUUAGACAAAAAUCUCUUUUUUUGCUAGUGGAUGGUAGCGUUGAUUUUUCUUCUGUGCGUCGUACCCAGUGUCACAUUUGCAUCAAGUGGGAGCCGACUGGUCCUGCCUGCCUCAAGAAUAUGUCUUGUCUUUAGUUUCCCAGAUAACAUUAGUGGUUCAGAAGUGGUUUUAUUUUGCUUUGAUAGCCUAGCUGUUAUACACACAUAUGUAAUUUAAUUAUUAGCUGGAGAGUAUGUUUCCCCCAUUGGUUCAUAAAUGCAGUUAUACUCCUUAGAUAUCUGGUUAUUAUCCAGUACUUUAACAUACAUACAGUGUUUGUACAGGUAGAUAUAACUCAGUCUUUCAGUUUUAUUCCAUUUUAUGCAACAAAAUGAAGCCCUUAACAAGUUUUUUUAAUCACCAAAAGAUUCUCAGUUAUAGAAAUGGUAGUUCUUCAUUGUUGGGUUGAUUUCCUAAAACCUGGACAAACUUAUUGAUGUAAUAAAACUGUUUCAAAGGUUACUUGAAUGUUGCAAAAUUACGCUUUCAUCAUAUUGUAACUUUCAAAGGAAAAGCUGAUUUAUAGAGUAAUGUAGAGCAUUUUUAUAUUUGAAAUUUGUCCUUUUCAAGAUACAUUUUUGCUAUUGGUCCUUGUGAAAGAAAAAUCUCUUUGUAAAAGGAGAAAAAAAACGUAAUGUUUUUCUUAGCUUUAAUUAUAAUAUAGCAUUAAAUUGCUUUUUAAUUUUUCAACAUCUAUUCUGUGUACUUGUUGUAUACAGUGUAUGUUAUUUUAAAUUAUAACAUCUAUAUAGCUUUAGUAUUUGGUUUUAUGAAUCAUAGGCCCUUGAAUUCCAAAAUAUGGAUAUACUAAUUUAUCAUUAUAUGCUACAAAUUAGGCUAAUUCCAUCUUUGGUUGACAUAUCUUGUCAGGAGUAUAAAUAAUUUAGUAAUUUGCCUUACGGUUUCUUUAUUUUUUAAAAAAUGUUUUUAUUGAUUUUUUUUUUUUUUUGAGAGAGAGAGAGAGAAA